AUGGGAAAUUGUUGCAAGAGUGCGUCGUCGUCGGUCGUAUGGGCCGAUGACGAUUGGGCGUCAGUGGCACAUCACAAGCAUCAUCACGCUGCAAUGUUUGAUGGAGCUGAUGACCAUGAAGAACAUGGUACUAACAUGGAGAGGCAGAGGCUACUGGGCACAGGUUCUUUGUCUUCAGGGUCUACUAGGGAGGUGAAGAUUAGGAUUACAAAGAGGGAGCUAGAAGAGAUAAUGGCAAGGGUUAGUAUUCAGGGAUUGUCCAUGGAACAAGUCCUGGGUAUGCUGGUAAACUCUACUGAUCUUAAAUUUGAAAUGGAUCUUAAUCAUAAGCACUGGAAGCCUGCCUUGCAAAGCAUUCCUGAGGUGAAUUAA